AGGGGUGGAGCCCGGACAGCCAUAAAACUGAGGCAGAUCGGCUAAAAGAAAACAGACUCUCGGAAGGUUGUAGAAAAAGGACGACUGGUGGCUCACUUGAGCAGAAACUAGUACAGAUCGUUUUUUUCUCUUAACGGACCGUUUUGGUGGAUUUUCCGAGAUAAAUUUUGUCGGCCGCUUCGACUCCUCAACUAACUCGCCCCAGAGCACGGCAACUUCGACCUUUUUUUUGCCUUGUUGUUAACGGAGCCACCGUGGCGUAAGAUCGGUCUUCCUUUUGUGCGCGAUUCAUACGUAGCUGCAUAUAUACGUGAAUACAUAUAACUCCGUACACACGUACAUUUUGUUUUCGCAGCCGGUAAAAAAGGGAAAGGGAUACGAAAAUGACUUGCACAGUUCGUAGAGUCGUGGCUACUCUGACGUUUCUCCUUCUGUGGCGGGCGGAGGAAGUGGCAGAAGCUUGCAGCUGCUCGCCAGUGCAUCCGCAACAGGCUUUUUGCAAUGCAGAUGUAGUCAUCAGGGCGAAGGUGGUCGGAGAGAAAGAGGUGGAUUCUGGGAAUGACGUCUACGGCAACCCCAUCAAGAGAAUCCAGUAUGAAAUCAAACAGAUAAAGAUGUUCAAGGGCCCGGACAGGGACAUCGAGGCCAUCUUCACUGCGCCGUCCUCUGCCGUGUGCGGGGUGACUCUGGACACAACUGGCAAGAAGGAGUACCUGAUCACAGGUAAAACCGAGGCUGACGGAUCCAUGCACGUGACCCUGUGUGACUUCAUCACGCCCUGGGAGACCAUGAGCCCCACGCAGAAGAAGAGCCUGACCCAGCGCUACCAGAUGGGCUGCGAGUGCAAGAUCACCCGCUGUCCCUCCAUCCCCUGCAUGAUCAGUUCCCCAGAGGAGUGCCUGUGGACGGACUGGGUGAUGGAGAAAAGCAUCAACGGUCGCCAGGCCAACCACUUCGCCUGCAUCAAGAGGAGCGACGGCUCCUGUGCCUGGUACCGCGGGAUGGCGCCGCCAAAGAAGGAGUUCAUGGACAUCGAGGACCCCUAAUCUAGCCAGCCGUCCACUGCGCAGCCUGAUUAGAAAUGCAAGCAGUAAUUCAAUAAGUAAAAACAAAUGAGCAGACAAACGCAAAAAAAAAGUCUUAAUGAUAAAACAAUCAGCAAAAUAAUAAUUCAUAUGGACUAGAACAAGCAACACAGAUAGACUGGGUGAGUGAUGAUGUCACUUCCUGGAAUUGGCUAAUAGCAGGAAAUAUUGUCACCAUUUGAACUCUGUGAAGAAAGCACUUUCUACCCCAAAAAGCGCUUAACCUUCUCUUUAAAACGAAAAACAAACCUGCAAAUUAAAAUUGCCUGCUAAAUGUCUGUCUUGUUACUCUUCAGUCACAAUCCAAAAUCAGGGUGUCUUUGGGUCUCUCUGAAGCCAGAAUAAAAGGUCAAAUCUGAGCACUGCCGGUUGCUCUCAAACCGUGCUGUAACGAGAUUAAUGGUGAGGCAGGACUUCCCACGUUAUUCCCAUAUAUGUUACGAGUCUGAAGAACAGAUGCAUGGGUUAUGAGAUGCAUAUUUUUGAAAAGCAAAGCCGCAACUGUGCCUCCACAGUCAGUGCUCUGGGUAAAAAUGAUAUGGAUCACACACACUUGGCAGAUUAAACUGCAUCACCUCCCAUGAUGCAUCGGUGCAUGCGAGAGACUGAACAGACAUUUGAAGCUGAUUGAACCCUCCUCCAUCAAUGAAAUGCCAAUGUCCUUAGUGAUGAGUGCCCUGAAGGACCUGGGAGUACGACCUAGGGGAGGCCUUUAAGCUGUUAAUUGAUCUGAACCGUUUUGUGGUUGUUCUCUCAUUAAUCGUUAAUCAUUAAUUUGCAUCCGUUAUUAAGCAGCUUGUGGAUUUAGGUUAGGAUCCCAUCAGCAGCAAAUUCUUAUUCAUUCAUCAGCGUCUAAUGUAGCGUUACAGUGCCGUCAUGCACUUCAUAUUAAAACACAGUGACACAGAGAUCGGGUUACGUUACAUUUGGUUUUAACUUACAACCAGUUGCUUUUUUCUUUUGAUGUGACAAAUGAUUUGAUAUGAAGUGCAUAAACCCGACACCGACAGCCAGAGCUGGAACUGAGAAAAGAGAACUGCUGCCUGUGAGCGAUUCUUAAACUGCCACGCUGCUCAAUCUUGCAGGUACAAUCGAAAAACAAGAUAGUGAACUUCGUGUUUUUUUGCUGCAUCCCCUGUUUGCACUACAGCAGUUACCACUGGACUUACCAGCCUGCAGAGCCUUUCAGUGACCCUUCAGCAAAUGGAGCUGCGUUAGGAGCACAACAAAACCAGGCCGAUCCAGUUAGAAACCAAAGAAAAACAUCGGCUCAGGUGGUGCGGCCAACCCGAGCAGAAAGUUUCCAAAUCUAGUGGCCUUUGGUACGGUGAUUUGGGAGGGCUGCGGCUCGAGACCCUUCCACAUAAUGAAUGAGUUAGCGACUGCAGCGCCGUCUUUUCUGAUAUUGCUGCCGCUUAAAUCAUUCAGAGUUAUUGUGGAAGUGCGGUCAACAAAAAAAAAAAAUAAAAGGUAUCUGUGAAUCUGACCCGGUUUUAGCUUGCGUAUCAACCAGCACCCAAAUUCAGAGGUAAAGUGGCAAAUUCAUGUCUUCAUCCAUGAACGGUGAACAGCCACUGUUACAGUAUUAUUAACAUGAUUAAUAAAAGUAAUAUUGAAAAAUUGUUGUAACAAGGAAAAAAAUAUGAAUAACCAGUGCCAGAUUUGACCUUUGACCUCUCUGAGCCCAUUUCUGACGUCUCACUUGUCCAGUCUAUGCCAUUUCGAGCCCUUUUGCUGUGAUUCCCAUUCCAGUUCCCACACCAUGCCCCCCCACUCUCAACCAUUAUAUUCAUUUUAAUAAGGUAUUAUUAUGAUGAUUAUGAUUUGAUUAUUAAUCCUGGUUAGGUGUGGACUUGCACUUUUCAAGGACCCCCUGCAAAAGACACAUUUGGUCAAAAGACAGAUGUCUUAAACUGAGAGGAUUGAAUCCUUUUUUUUGUUAUUUUGUAAUUUUGUUUUCUAGCCUUCUAGUUCUUUAUAGUCCUUAAUACAACUUAACAAGUGGUUUUCUAUUGAUUGUCCUUUGUAUUACUAUUACUAUAAGAUGUGUUUACCGUUUAUUUUAAUUUUUUUUAAACAUGAAUUCUUUUUGCCUAUUCCCCAGUGGAGUGUUGUCAGAUUAGCGUGUUGCAUGGGACUUCAGGCUGUCCCCCAGGGAAGCUGUUUCCUGUCGACCCGCCAGAAGCUUCCGUGCAGAGCCGGGGUGUGGGCCGG